GCGAUAACCCGGAUGAGUUUCUAACAAGACAAAGGAUUUUUUAGCAGAAAUGGCGGCUGGUAUUGGGAAACACAAGCUAAUGAAUCUCGGCCCGACUGAGCCGUGGUCCAUCAAAGAGAAGCUCUGCCUCGCCUCUUCGGUGAUGAGGAGCGGUGACCAGAACUGGGUUUCAGUCAGCAGAGCUAUCAAGCCCUUUGCAGAGGCCGGCCGGCCGCCAGACUGGUUCUCUCAGAAGCAUUGUGCUUCUCAGUAUUCGGAGCUUCUAGAAACAACAGAAACGCCAAAACGGAAACGUGGAGAAAAGGGGGAGGUGGUGGAGACUGUGGAAGAUGUCAUCGUUCGGAAACUGACAGCCGAAAGAAUCGAAGAGCUGAAAAAAAUCAUCAAAGAGACUCAGGAGCUACACAGGAAACUGAAGAAAGAAGCAGAACUGAUUCAAGCCGGUCACCUGGACAGCAAGUUGGAAGACCUCUGGAAUGAUAUUCUCAUGAAGAAGAAGCAAGAGGAGGAGGAGGCUGAACUGAAAAGGAAGGCUACAGAUGCGGCAUACCAGGCACGACAAGCAGCAAAGAACACUCCGAAAAGGCUCCCUAGUGUCAACGUGCGCUCACCGCUGGGUGCCAGCUCCCCCAGCAUGGAUUAUCCCAUGGUCAGCACACCCCAGCCGGGUGGAGAUGAGUUUGUGUCUGGAGGCCUGGUGAGCCCCUCGGUAAACCCCGUCUUCAUGCCUGCUCCAGAGACGCCUGGACCUCCAUGUGCUAACUCUUCAUCCUUGGAGAACAGCAAUCUGAGCGGCCUAAUUGACGACUCUCCUCAAAAGAAGCUGUUAGGGCAGAAGGCCACUCCUCCGCCAUCGCCUCUGCUCUCUGAGCUACUGAAGAAGGGAAGCUUGCUGCCCAGCAGUCCUCGACUUGUCAGUGAGGCAGAUGUGCACAUGGGUAAUCCCGGAGUGCACAUGGAGUUUGGAGGAAUGGUCACAGGAAUCCACAGUACAGACAUGCCACCAGCUGCCCCAGCUAUCCCUGCAUCCCCAGCUGCUACAGGGGCUCCCACACUGUCCCGGCUUUUAGAGGCAGGUCCAGUGCAGUUCACCCCGUCUCUCGCUUCCUUCUCCUCUGUCAGCAGCGAGCCUGCCUCUGCUAAACCAGCACCCUCACUGCUGCCCCUGCCGUCACCCUCGGAGCCUGCCUGCCAGCCCGCCGUGCUCUCUGCCACCAUCCUGGAGCCUCCAGUCACAGUCUGUGAGAUGGACAUGAAGUCCCCAGCGGAGACGUCUGCAGAAUGUCCUCCUUCCGGUGAUGCUUCUGGCCUGAUGUCGGGGAUGCUCGCCAGCGACUGUGUGCCGAGGUCUGCCGAAGGCAGUGUAACCGGAGACUCAAAGGGAGACCUUGGCAUGGAUGAUGACUUGGUCUCUGUGCCCUACAUGGGUGAUGAGCUGGACUUGGAUACUGUAGGAGACAUCAUCGCGAUCAUCGAAGAAAAGGUUGAUGACAAUUCGGAAGCCUUGGACGCAGCUGCAGUUGAGGCCGCUUUGUCACUGUGUGAAGACGCCACUGAUGCUCAUGCUCUGACAGAUCCUUGGGAACAGUCCUUCAAAACGGAACAUAACGUCGUCACAGGGGCCGUAGAGCUGACCCAUAAGACAGAAGAAGGGCCUCAGCUGCUGGAAGACAUCGCUGUGCUGUCCCAGAGCGUUGCCCAAAGCGGCAUGGCCCCUGAGGUACAAACCCAGAGAGAUGGCCUGGAGGUGAAACAAGAGCUGACAGAGCAGGAGGUGGACAGGUCAUCGGGCAUCGAUCCCAGUUCAUUAGCAGGAAACUUGGCCAUGGAGACCCCGUCAUCGGCAGUGCCAGCAGACUUGGACUACAGUGAAACGAGGAGUGUGGAAGAUGUAGUGCCGCAGUGUGAGGUGUUGCCACAUGCCCACUCUUCCCCGACUGAUGUUGUAGUCAAGUGUGAGAGCGACGACUUGUCUCAGCAGGACUCGGAGCAGCAGUUGGACUGCCACGAAGGUGGGCAAGAGGUAGCUGGGACAUCGUGCAAAUCGCUUUCAAAGGAGCUCGGGGACACGUCUUGUUCCUCUUUGCAGCUGCAGGACAUGAAAGAUGAGGACGGCUGCAGCGAGGUGGCAAGUAUGGAUGAGCCGAAGGAGGAAGAGGCGAACGAAGCGUAUUUGUCGGAGACGGAGAAUGAGCCGCCAGUCAGCGAGAGCGACGAUGGCUACAGUAUUCACAACGCCCAGCUUCAGAUGAGCGCGCUGGCCGAGUCCAUCCCUAGUAGCCCUGCUUCCUCCCAGUUCUCAAUGUGUAGUGAAGACCAAGAAGCAAUUCAGGCUCAGAAGAUUUGGAAAAAGGCCAUCAUGUUAGUGUGGAGAGCUGCCGCUAAUCAUCGGUAUGCCAAUGUCUUUCUGCAGCCUGUUACUGACGACAUCGCACCCGGCUACCACAGCAUCGUGCACAGGCCUAUGGACCUGUCCACAAUAAAGAAGAACAUCGAGAACGGUCUCAUCCGCACAACCGCCGAGUUCCAGAGGGAUAUCAUGCUCAUGUUCCAGAAUGCUGUGAUGUACAACAGCUCUGACCACGAUGUCUACCAUAUGGCUGUGGAGAUGCAGAGGGACGUCCUGGAGCAGAUUCAGCAAUUCCUGGCCACCCAGCUGAUCAUGCAGACCUCAGAGUCCGGGAUCAGCGCCAAGAGCCUGCGAGGACGGGACUCGGCACGCAAGCAGGACGCCUCCGACAAAGACAGUGUCCCCAUGGGCUCUCCUGCCUUCCUUCUCUCUCUCUUUGACGGAGGGACCAGAGGCCGCCGCUGUGCUAUUGAAGCAGAUAUGAAAAUGAAGAAAUGAGGAGGAGAGGCUCACAGAGUGCCACCGUGCCAGCAGCAGCGUCACCUCCAGCCCUCAGUCAGUGCCCUGCGUGGCGCCACUGUAAAUUAGACUGUUGAGGCCUGCCCAGUGCCGAGGAUGGGCACUUGGCCUGCGGGUGAAGAACAUGGCGGUCAGGCUCAUCACGUCCUGGCCAGAGAAGACAAGCGGUGUGUUGGCCGUGUCGUGGGGGC